CGCAGCGCGGGAAGUCCGGAUCCCGAGGCGGCCGUGGCGGCGACCAGAGUAUGAGCCUGGAGCGCGAGCUGCGCCAGCUGAGCAAGGCCAAGGCCAAGGCGCAGAGAAGUGGGCAGCUGCGAGAGGAGGCCGCGCUCUGUCACCAGCUGGGGGAGCUGCUGGCCAGCCAUGGCCGCUACGCCGAGGCCCUGGAGGAACACCGGCAGGAGCUGCAGCUGCACGAGAGCGCCGCGGACGCCUUGGGCUGCGCAGUGGCCCACCGCAAGGUCGGAGAGCGCCUGGCCGAGAUGGAGGACUACUCAGCCGCACUGCAGCACCAGCAUCACUACCUGGAGCUGGCCAGCUCCUUGCCCAACCACGUCGAGCUGCAGAGGGCCUGGGCCACCAUCGGCCGCACUCACCUGGACAUCUACGACCAUGGCCAGUCAAGGGACUCUUUGCUGCAGGCUCAGGCUGCCUUUGAGAAGAGCCUGGUCAUCGUGGACGAGAAGCUGGAGGGGACAUUAUCGCAGCGAGAGCUGAGUGAGAUGAGGACCCGGCUGUACCUCAACCUCGGCCUCACCUUCGAGAGCCUGCAGCAGCCGGCCUUGUGUGACGACUUUCUGAAGAAGAGCAUCUUUCUCUCCGAGCAGAACCACCUCCAUGAGGACCUGUUCCGGGCCCGCUACAACCUUGGCACCAUCUGCUGGCGCAGGGGGCAGCACUCACAGGCUAUGCGCUGUCUGGAGGGGGCCCGGGAGUGCGCUCGCGCCAUGAAGAGGCCGUUCAUGGAGAGCGAGUGCUGCCUGGUGGUCUCCCAGAUCCUUCAAGACCUGGGGGACUUUUUGGCUGCCAAACGAGCUCUGAAGAAGGCCUACAGGCUGGGCUCCCAGAAGCCUUUGCAGAGGGCAGCCGUCUGCCAAAGCCUUAAGCAUGUGCUGGCGGUAGUCUUGCUGCAGCAGCGGCUGGAGGAUGCUGAGGGGCGAGAUCCCCAGGGCGCCAUGGCUGUCUGUGAGGAGCUAGGAGACCUGUUCUCCAAGGCAGGCGACUUCCCGCGUGCGGUCAAGGCCUACCAGAAGCAGCUGCAGCUUGCUGAGCUCCUGAACCGCCCAGGGCCCGAGCUGGCCGUCAUCCAUGUGUCACUGGCCACCACGCUGGGGGACAUGAAGGAGCACCGCCAGGCCGUGCACCACUACGAGCAGGAGCUGGGUCUGCGCAGGGGCAACACCCUUGAGGAAGCCAAAACCUGGCUCAACAUCGCACUGUCUCGGGAGGAGGCUGGCGAUGCCUAUGAGCUGCUGGUGCCGUGCUUCCAGGAGGCACUCAGCUGUGCCCAGCAGGCCCAGCGGCCCCAGCUGCAGAGGCAGGUUCUCCAGCACCUCCGUGAUGUGCAGCUGAGGCUGCAGCCCCAGGAGGCCCCUGCCACUGAGGCCAGGCUGCAAGAGCUGGGCCUGGCUGAGAAGGAGGACUCUGAGGAGGGGGACACUGAGGAAGAGGACGCCGAGGAAGAGGACGCCAAGGCCCUGGAGGCUAGCGGGCUGGAGCUCUCCGAGAGCGAGGACGACCCCGAUGGCCCGUCACUGCAGCAAGAGGACGAUGAGGAGCUGUGGGCUUGCCGCGGCCGGCGGGAUCUAAGCAAGUGGAGCCGGCGCAACGACGUGGGAGAGACCCCGCUGCACCGAGCCUGCAUUGAAGGCCAGCUGCACCGUGUCCGGAACCUCGUGAGGCAGGGCCACCCCCUGAACCCACGGGACUACUGUGGCUGGACACCCCUGCACGAAGCCUGCAACUACGGGCACCUGGAGAUCGUCCGCUUCCUGCUGGACCAGGGGGCUGCAGUGGAUGACCCGGGCGGCCAGGGGUGUGAAGGCAUCACCCCUCUGCAUGAUGCCCUCAACUGUGGCCACUUUGAGGUGGCCACACUGCUCAUCCAGCGGGGGGCGUCGGUCACCCUCCGUACAAAGAAGGGCCACAGCCCACUGGAGACACUGCAGCAGUGGGUGACGCUGUACAGCCAGGACCUGGACCUCGAGACGCGGCAGAAAGCUGGAGGCAUGGAGAGGCUGCUCCGGGCCACUGCCUCAGGCCCAGCUGCCCACAGCUCCCAGGACCCCCAGACCAGCCCAAGCCGUCAUCUGUUUGACCCUGAGACCUCUCCUCCCUUGGUCCCGUGCCCGGAACUGCCCCCUCACGUCCCCAACCAAGCAGCACCCACUGUGGCCAGGUCACGGAGGAGCAGGCACAGGCCAGUCGAUGGCAGCAGCUCAGAGAGUGAGGAUAGUGGAGGCCCUCCACGGCCCUCCUGGAAAAGGCCACGGCGCUCAGUCCCAGCACAGCAGGCUGCUCACACGCCUGGCCCUGUGGGCUGCUCCCAGGGGCCUAGCCAGCCUUGGGGCUCCAGUGGCAUUUCUGGGCCCCCAGCGGCCCUCAUCCCUGAGGAUGAGAGCCUGGCUGGGGACCGGCUGGAGUCUAGGACACCUCUGACCCACAGCUCCCAGGGCAGCAGGGAUGGCAGCAGGCUCCAUGUCUCAGGGCCAGACAGCAAGCAGUGCCCUGGCGGGCCCCAGGCCUGGCAGAGCCGCCUCACCCAUCUCAGGAGCUGGGGUGGGCUGGCCCAAGCAGGAGGCAGCAGCAUGGUCGACCCGCCCUCUGGGCGCCCCUGUGUGCCCAGGGCCUCUGAACCUAACAGGGAGGUGCCUGGGGAGACACCUGCAGCUGGCCAGCCGACGGGUCCAGUCCCACCGCUCCCCAUCCGGGUUCGGGUUCGAGUUCAGGAUCACCUGUUCCUCAUCCCUGUCCCACACGGCAGCGAGGCCCAUUCUGUGGCCUGGCUGGCUGAGCAGGCUGCCCAGCGCUACCACCAGACCUGUGGGCUGCUGCCCAGGCUCACACUGCGGAAGGAAGGGGCCCUACUGGCCCCGCAGGACCCAAUCUCCGACGUGCUGCAGAGCAAUGAGGAGGUGUUUGCGGAAGUGACUUCGUGGGACCUGGCCCCUCUGGCCGACCGCUACCGCAGGGCCUGCCAGAGCCUGGGGCAAGGGGAACAUCGGCAGGUGCUGCAGGCCGUGGAGCGGCAGGGCGCGGGCCCCUCCUUCAGUGCCUGCCUCCUGGCCCUGCGCCAGGCCCAGCUCGUGCCCCUGCUGCGGGCCCUCAAGCUGCACUCCGGGCUGCGAGAGCUGCACUUGGCAGGGAAUCGGCUGGGGGAUGGAUGUGCCCCCGAGCUGCUGGCUGCCCUGGGCACCAUGCCCAACCUGGUCCUGCUCGACCUCUCCUCCAACCACCUAGGCCCCGAGGGUCUGCGCCAGCUCACUGCAGGCCCCUUGGGCCAGGCUGCUCUGCAGAACUUGGAGGAGCUGGACCUGAGCAUGAACCCCCUGGGGGACAGCUGCGGGCAGGCACUGGCUUCCCUCCUGCGGGCCUGCCCCUUGCUCAGCACCCUGCACCUGCAGGCCUGCGGGUUUGGCCCCAGCUUUCUGAGUCACCAGGCAGCCCUGGGUAGCGCCUUCCGAGAUGCCAAGUGCCUGAAGACCCUGUCCCUGUCCUACAACACGCUGGGCACCCCCGCUCUGGACAGGGCCCUGCAGAGCCUGCCUGCCCGGGCCGUCCUGCGCCUGGAGCUCAGCUCCGUGGCAGCCAGCGAGUGUGACUCGGGCCUUGUGGAGCCCGUGGUCAGAUACCUGGCCCAGGAAGGCUGUGCCCUGGCCCACCUGAACCUGUCUGCAAACCACCUGGGUGACGUGGCUGUGAGAGACCUGAGCAGGUGUCUCCCUCUCUGCCCCUCCCUCACCUCACUGGACCUGUCUGCCAACCCCGGGAUCAGCGGCACCAGCCUGAAAGAGCUGCUGUCCAGCCUCCAGGAGCGGAUGCAGGGCCUCAGCUUCCUUGGCCUGUCAGGCUGUGCUGUGCAGGGUCCCCUGAGCCGGGGCCUCUGGGACAAGAUCUUCACACAGCUGCAGGAGCUACAGCUGAGCAACCGACACCUCUGCCCCGAGGACCGCGACCUCCUGCACCAGCUGCUGUGUAGUGGGCCGGACCCUAACGUGUGCACAGUGACCGCGGCUGCAGGCUUUUCUUCCUGUGCUUCUGACCGCCGCCCGAAACCUUAAUAAACGUGGCUGCUGCCUACAUUUUCUUGG